AUGGCUGGCAUCUUCAUCACGUUCGUGCCGAUUUUCGGCAGCCUGUCGCCAUACAGCUACUUCCAUAUCUGCCACAAGGCGUGGGUGUUUCGCAUUCUGCCCCAGUUCGCCAACAGCCCGCUCAGCUAUUGGUAACC